AUGCUAAAGGAAUUAAAGGGAAAGGAUGAGGAAGUUGCCGAUUUGCAAGUCCAGUUGCUGGACUUUAAAAAAGUUGUGUACGAUUCGGGAGAGAAAUUACUUAAUAAGUUGGAGAAAAGUUCCUGUGAAAAUAAUUUGACUGAAAAAGAAAUUUAUGAUUUAAAUUUACGAUUAUAUUUUUCGCAACAACAUCAACAAACGCAGUCGCAACAACAAUCGCAACAACAAUCACAACAACAAUCGCAACAACAAUCGCAAUCACCUACAUUUAGCAGCUUAUCAGAAUACUUCAAAUUUCACAAUCGUAGUCGUUUCCAAUCUCAUAGUCGUAGUCGUUCCCAAUCUCGUAGUUGUAGUCGUUCCCAAUCUCGUAGUCGUAGUUGUUCCCAAUCUCGUAGUCAUCAUUCUUAUCCUCAUUCUCACCAACAACAUAUCUCUUCAUCCCAUUCUAGUUCUCCUAUCCUAUUUGAUUCUAAUGAUCAAUUUACCACUCUCUCAUCCAAAGAUUCAUCACCACAAAAUAGAGAAAGAUCAUUAACAAAAAGAACACUUACAAAUCAAUCUUCGAUAUUGCAAAAUCAACCUUCCUCUUCAAUUACUCCGGCUCUAAAUAGCGGUGGCGUUGAAAACCAAGAAAUUCAAGAAUUAAGAAAUGUAAUCUUAAAUCUCACACAACGCUUAAAUAACCUAACCGAAAAAAACGCUAGUCAUGAAGAACCUUUAGUUAAUCGUCCCAAUAGAAGCUUAUCACCUAUUCUUAUUAGAGAACAGAAACGUGAGCUGCCACUCAUGUCAACAUAUGAUAUAGAGAUAGUAAUAAUCAUAAAACAAUUGCAUAAAUCUCGCCGAGAGAUUUGGAAACUGCAAAAAGAUGGUAAAAUUCCUGAACAUACCAAAAGACAACACAUGAUAUCCAGUAGGGAUCAGAAGAUGUUCCAGCGCAAAAGAGGAUUGCAACAUAUGAUAUCGACACGAGACAAACUUUUGACUGAAUGCCAACCUCGUAACUUAAAAUGGGAAGAAUUCAUCAAAGAUUGUAUAAAGGCGACUAAUACUUCAGACAUACACUCGGACGAAUGGUCCACAGAAGAUGAGGAAUUAGCAAACAAAGAACGCAGUAAAAAUACAAGAUCAGGUCGAUUAAUUAACAAUAAUUCAAUUCAAAAAAUUCUACAUCGAUCGGAAGAAAUUGGUAUUAGCAUCGGAUUUGGUCUAAGUCGUCCACGUUACUGCUCAGAUGAAAAUUUUGACAAAAAAAGUAAACCAAAGGAGAACAUUCCCAGUUGGUGGAUUUCGUCAAGCUGGGUUAUACAAGAAUCCGACGAAGAUGGUGAUGAAGAGGAUAAUAGUAAUGACGAUAACAAUGAUGAUAACAAUGACGACAAUAACGACGAAGAUAAAAACAAUGCUAGUAAUGAUAAAAACGACAAUAACGUUAACGAUAAUAAUAACGAUAAGAAUAAUGAUGAUAAGAAAACCGAUAAUAAUGAUUAUAUUCUUAUCGAUGAUAGCGAUGAAAAGGAUGAUCCAUUUCGACUAGUGGUUCCAAAAGAAAUUAUUAGGGGAUCAACUACUAAAAAACGUUCUCUUUUAAAAAGUGAAAGAAAAUAG